AUGGCUGCUGUCGAGGCCCCUUCGGUCGGGACGCCGCUCGAGGAGCGAUCUCCCAACCCAGCUCCUCGUUCGCCUCCACGCCGUCCUCGCAAUGACCAAGAUCGCGACGACCGGCCCCGGCGUCCCGCCGCAGACAAGUACCGGCCAGAGCGCCCCGCGAAGCGCGAGCGCACGCCGCCCCCGGCGCCCACCGAGGAGCAGAAGCAGGCCGCCGCCAAGGCCGAGUACGAGAAGCUACUGAAUGCCCGCUCCGGGGGAGUGUACAUCCCGCCCGCCCGCCUGCGCGCCCUGCAGGCCCAGAUCACCGACAAGACGAGCAAGGAGUACCAGCGCAUGGCGUGGGACGCGCUCAAGAAGUCGAUCAACGGCCUCGUCAACAAGGCCAACGUCGCCAACAUGAAGCACAUCGUGCCGGAGCUGUUCAACGAGAACCUGAUCCGCGGCCGCGGCCUGUUUUGCCAGUCGCUCGUCAAGGCGCAGGCCGCUUCUCUGCCCUUCACGCCCAUCUACGCAUCCAUGGUGGCCAUCGUCAACACAAAGAUCCCCACGAUCGGCGAGCUGCUCAUCAAGCGGCUGGUGUCGCGAUUCAGGAAGGCUUUCCGGCGCAACGACAAGCAGGUCUGCCUCUCUGCCGCGACGUUUCUCGCGCACCUCACCAACCAACAGGUGUGCCACGAGAUGGUCUGCGGCCAGAUCCUGCUGCUCCUCCUCAAGAAGCCGACGGAUGACAGCUGUGAGAUUGCAGUGGCGCUGAUGAAGGAGGUCGGGCACUUUCUCUCCGAGAUGAACCCGCCCAUGGAGAUGGUCAUCUUUGAUCAGUUUCGGAAUAUCCUUCACGAGGCCGAUAUCGACAAGAGAACGCAGUACUCUCUCGAGGUGCUCUUCCAAAUACGCAAGGACAAGUUCAAGGACAACCCUGCCGUCAAGGAAGAGCUGGAUCUCGUGGAGGAGGAGGAUCAGAUCAAGCAUUUCAUCGAGCUUGACGGCGAUAUUGAUACCCAAGAUACCCUGAACAUUUUCAAGUUUGACCCCAACUACGAGGAGAACGAGGAGGCAUACAAGAAGCUAAAGGCGGAGAUUCUGGGCGAGGGCAGCGACGAUGAGUACGAAAGCGAUGACGAAAGUUCAGAGGGAGAGGAAGAGAACGAGGAGGACAAAGCGAUGGAGAUCAAAGAUCAGAGCAACGCAGAUCUCGUCAACCUACGGAGAACCAUCUAUCUCACGAUCCAGAGUUCCAUGGACCCAGAGGAAGCCGUCCACAAGCUGAUGAAGAUCAAUCUGCCGGCUGGCCAGGAGGCAGAACUUCCAUCUAUGGUCGUUGAAUGCUGCUCCCAGGAGAAGACAUACACCAAAUUCCACGGUGCCAUCGGUGAGCGGUUCGCCAAGAUCAACAGGCUGUGGACCGACCUCUUUGAGCAGAGCUUCGUCAAGUACUACGAGACCAUUCACAGAUACGAGACGAAUCGGCUUCGCAACAUUGCUCGGUUCUUCGGCCAUUUGCUUGCGACAGACGCUAUUGGCUGGCAUGUGCUGUCAUGCGUUCACCUGAACGAGGACGAGACGACGGCCGCUAGUCGUAUCUUUCUCAAGAUUCUCUUCCAGGACAUCUGGGAGUCGAUUGGCCUGCCGAAGCUCCAGGCCCGCAUGAAGGACGAAGCCCUGCAGCCUAGCUUCCAGGGCAUUUUCCCGCACGACACCCCGCGCAAUACCCGCUUCGCCAUCAACUACUUCACUAGCAUCGGCCUGGGUGCGAUCACGGAGGAGAUGCGCGAGUUCCUCCAGAACAUGCCCAAACCUACCCUGCCUGCAGCGCCUGUGGCUGACUCUGACUCGGAGCUAUCGACCACCGCCGUGGCCGCUCACUCUCAUGCACGCCUUCCCGCCGUGGACGCUCUUAUACUCGAUCAGUGGACUCUCGACGGUCUAUGUCAGAUAGCCGUUCUAGGUCGCCACCCCCGCGCAGGGCGGCAGCAGAAGGCCGAGGCCGCUCGCUCUCACGCACCCCACCGCGCCGUUAUCGUGACCGCUCAUACAGCAGCAGGAGCAGGAGCAGGAGCCCAACGAGGUCGGUCUCGACCCGUGGUUCGCGUUCACCUUCUCCCCGGCGGGCCGCUCGACGAGGGCGAUCCGUCAGCCGCUCCGUCUCCCGGUCCCCAAGCAGGUCGAGGACCCCACCAGUUCGAAGGGCUCCUGCGGGGCGCAGAGAUUCCUACUCGAGUCGGAGUCCGAGCCGGAGUGUGA